CUCCAACUCGUUAAUGACCCCCCGCCGAGAGCAAUGUCAGACCCAUAUGUAAAGUGGUCAACCCUCCUCAAGGCAUUCCACGACCACCACAGGGAAGGCAUCCUGAAUCUGCUCAAAGAAUGCCGUACCCGCAGCCCCAAACGCCUCCCCCGUCUCCUCUCCCUCACCCGCACUGUGCUCUCCAACCUCGAAGCACACCACACGAUCGAAGACCGCGCAAUCUUCCCCAUCCUCGCCACCAAAUUCGACAUGUCCGCCUUUGAAGCCGACCACGCCGACCUCGACUCGCUGAUAUACUCCCUCAACGGGGUCGUGGCGCGUGCGGGUGGUGAGGAUCCUGCGGGGUUUGAUUGGCAGGCUUUUGAAGCGGAUGUUGGGCGGUUGAGGGCGUUGGUGUUUCCGCAUAUGCGGAGGGAGGAGGAGUUGACGGCGCCCGAGAAGAUGAGGGGUGUGUUUACGGAGAGGGAGAUGAGGGCGCUGUUGGGUGGGCAUUGAUGGUUGGGUGAAGAAAGAGAGGGCCGGAAUGUUCAUUGACUCAGUUUUGGAAUGGAGAGUAUAUAGCAGAUAGACAGACAAUUAUCGACGGUGGGGCAGGACAUGUGCAGUAUAGACCCCUGUCGGAGUUCUGAACGACACCUCUACGAGGAUUUGUAUCGAAUUUAUGCACCAACCAUCGCACAGCGAUAUUUGUGUCCCAUCCCACAUUAAUGCGCACAUAUACACAACAAAA